UGUCCUUAACAUGUUAAGCUGAACUGGACUGGAGCCUCUGGUUUGCUCUCUGUUGUAAACAAAAUUAAACUAAUCGUUUCUGUCCUACUCAUCCCACCUCUAAAUUUUGCUGCAAAAAGGUUCUAAACAAGCGGCAUUAUCAUUUGCCACAAUCCCAAUGAGGUGAGUGGAGACUUGUAACAAAGAUUCACAGACAAAAACUAGAAACUUUUAUCCGAACCUAAAAAAUGUUCAAGUCAUGGAGGAACGACAAGAACAAGAUCAAAGCUGUUUUCAAAUUGCAGUUUCAAGCAACUCAGGUGCCGCGAUUGAAAAAAUCAGCUGUGAUGAUAUCUUUGGUACCUGAUGAUGUUGGAAAGACAGCUUUUAAACUGGAGAAAGUUGCUGUUCAGGAUGGAACUUGUUUAUGGGAAAAUCCAAUCUAUGUAACAGUAAAACUCAUAAAAGAUUCUAAAACAGGAAAAAUCUAUGAGAAAAUCUACCAUUUCGUUGUUUCAACUGGAUCGUCAAAAUCAGGUUUUCUCGGUGAAGCUUCAAUUGAUUUUGCAGAUUUUGCGGCGGAAACAGAACCAUUGACCGUAUCUCUGCCCCUUAAGUUUGCAAAUUCUGGUGCAAUUUUACAUGUGACAAUUGAGAAGAUGCAUGGAGCUACUGACCAAAGAGCUACUGAAGGAAAUGGAGAUAAUACCCCCAGUUUGAAGAAUCAAGAAAGCAAUUACAGUACUGACGGAGUGAAACAAAAUUUUGAAGAAGAUGGGAAUAUGAAUAUAUGUGCAUCUCAGAAUGCCGACAAAGUACGCAGCCUUAGAGCAUCCACUGGCUCUGGUACUAGAUUGGCAUCAAUCUGGGACAACGAUUCAGAGCAGAAUAAUCAAGAGGACCCUGCAAGCAUCCAGUCACCUGUCAGACAAAACUCUAUUCCUCCUCGGGGAACAGUCAAUGCCAUUUCAACCAAAAAACACUCGCACCGGAGAUCAAACACAGACUGGUCAGUUGGUUCAGUUUCAGAUGGAAGUUUGGUCGACUCCACAAACAGUGUUGAAGAUAACCUUCCAAGAGACUUACAAGAUGCUUCAGAUGGUUCAGUUUCUCAUCUCAAAAAUGAAUUGGCUAUUAUGAUGAGGCAGGUGGAAGUAUCAGAACUAGAAUUACAAACUCUUAGGAAACAGAUUGUGAAGGAUAGCAAACGAGUGCAGGAUCAGACAAAACAAAUUGCUGGCCUGAUUGAAGAAAGAGAUGAACUGAAAACAGAAUGUGAACAACUCAGGAGACAGAAUUCCAUUGCUGAGGCAAAAAUUGAAAAUGAACUGCAAUCUGAGAAUGAGCAUUUAAUGGUUGUGCAAGAAGAAAUUAGACAAGAGCUCAAUCAUCAAAAAGAAAUUAAUGCCAAAUUUCGGUUGCAACUGCAGAAGACACAAGAUUCAAACUCUGAGUUGAUUCUUGCACUGAACGAUCUCAAUGAAUUGUUGGAGCAGAAAGACAGGGAAAUAUUUGCUCUCUCCAGCAAGAUGGAAGAAACAAGUAAAUUUCUUGAACAGGUUCAAGAAACGAAUAACGAAGGAAAUAUGAGAGAGGAUAAACACCUAUUAGAACUUGAAGCCAAGAUACAAAAUAAUGAAAAAGAGGUAGAAAUGUUGAAGCAAAAAAUCAUAGACCAAAGUGGUGAAAUAGAGUUCUACAGAAAACAUUCAGAGGAGCUAGAGAUGCAUGCGAAAAAACUCACUGAGGACUGUGAGGCCUUAAAACAAGAAAAUCAGUGUCUUUCUUCAAAGUUGGAGGAAAACCAGCUGCAAGAAUCGACGAAGACGAGUGAAUGCUUGGAACUUUUGGCCACUGUCGAGGAACUUGAAUCACAAGUAGACAGACUGGAGGACAAAGUCAAGCAGCAGUCAGAAGAAUACUCAGAGUCGUUAAUAGCCAUUAAUGAACUUGAAAGUCAGGUCAAGGAAUUUAAGCGAGAACUAGAGAGGCAGGCCCAAGAAUUUGAAGAGGAUCUGGAUGCUGUGACACAGGCCAAAACAGAGCAGGAACAGAGGGCUAUUCAAGCAGAAGAGUCCCUGAGAAAGACAAGGUGGAAAAAUGCUGUUACAGCUGAGCGGCUGCAGGAAGAAUUCAAAAGGCUUUCUGUGGAAAUGGCAUCUAAAUUUGAUGACAGCGAGAAGGUGGCCAUGAAAGCAAUGACAGAAGCAAAUGAACUGCGCAUGCAGAAAAAGGCCCUGGAAGAAAUGCUGCAGAAAGCCAAAGACGAGCUUGGUUUGACUAAGGAUAAGAAUGGAGAGCUUUCCAGCCGAAUAGAGCAACUGUCUUUGGAAUUAGAUCAUAAGUCUGACCAGCAAGAAGCUUUCUCAAUGGAGAUUCAAACACUGAGGACUGAGAUAGAGAACCUUAAAAGGGAGAAGAAUAAUUCCUCUCAGGCAGAAAAAAACACAAAGCUAAGAGGUGAUGCAGAACAAAUAUCGUCAGUGGGUGAAACUGAUAUUUUGAUACAAAGAUGGAAUAAAGAAAAGGCUGAUUUGGAGAAGCAAUUUGCUUUGGCAAAGAAGGAAGCAGAAAAAGCACAUAAAGAAUUCAUUUCAAUGAAGUCUUUGAAGGAUAAAAAGGAGAUGAUGAUAGGAAAUUUGCAGUCAGAAGUCAAGAAGCUAAGAGUCCAGCAAAGUGAACUGCAAAGUAGCUUGACUGGGGAAGAAUUCGAGAAAGAUAGCCUGAGAAAACAGGUAAUUCAGUUGAAGGAUGGGCUACAGAAGAAGGAAGAGCGAAUAACGAGUAUAGAGAAAAAAAUCAAGAAUUACAAUGAUCAAGCUCCAAUUUCAGAUAUGCAAAUUAUAUCAAGUUUGAAAGCGAGAUUGGGAUUGCAAAAGGACCAAUCAAAACGGAAGGAAGCGGCACCGGAAACUCCAGGGAGUCCAGCUCUGCUGAAAGAAAACAAUCUCAGUAUCGUUAUUAAAGAACUAGUGAGCAUCAUGGAGCAGGUUGAAGUACCACCAUUUGAUGGAUACAAGCAUUCAAUUAGGAAGGACGAAAUGCGCUCUAAGAAAGGGCUGAAAUCGCCCACUUCCCAUUCCAGAGAUGAGGACAACACUGAACUGUUAACUCAAUUGACAAUACUGAAGGAAAAAAAUAAAUGUAUGGAAACCGAGCUGAAAGAAAUGCAAGAGAGAUAUUCAGAAAUAAGUCUCAAGUUUGCUGAGGUGGAAGGUGAAAGGCAACAACUUGUAAUGACUGUAAGAAACCUCAAGAAUGGUAAGAAGAACUAGAAUUUGCAAAUAUGCAGGAACUAGAUUUUUAUAAUUUUCCAUGAAUGAAGUGGCAUAAUUCUAGGUAAGAUCAUUAUGCUAGAGUUUGAUUAAGAAAACUAUGUCAUGUUGAUGAGUGCAACAUACUGAACUCAUGUAUUUGUAGGAAAAGCCAAAAACUA